CGCUACGAAGUCCACCAAUAGGGAACGUGAUUGUUGGAUGCUGCCGUUUGCCGCAAGGGGGGUGGAGGGAAGGGAAGUUGCCGGGCCGCAGUGCUGUAUAGUUUUUGAAUAAGAUCAUGUCAGCGAAAAGGAGCAUCGGGGAUCCAGAGAUUUUGAAGAAAAGAAUUCCACAGAAUCAAAAAUACCAGCAUGUCAAAACAAGGCUAGAUACAGGUAAUAGCAUGACUAAGUACAUGGAAAGAAUAGAAGAAAUAAAGAAAAAUUAUAGAUACAAAAAAGAUGAGCUAUUCAAGAGGAUCAAAGUUAGCACGUUUGCUCAGCUUGUCCUUCAAGUGGCAUCCGUAUCAGAAGAGAGAGAAAGUGGUGAAAUGACUGCUGACGAGCUUCAGAGAUUAGAAGAUAAUAGCUCUGUGAUAUCAGAUACUGAAUUUCUGACAGACCGACCCAAUGGUAAAGGCAGCCCGGUCAGUGAAUCCAAAAGUCCUGUACAAUUUAUAGACAGUGAAAGAGGCGAAGAAUUCAUACAGACAUCAAGGUCUACCCUUCAGAGUGUCAUAAGUGGAGUAGGAGAACUGGACCUUGGAAAUCAGGCUGACAAAGAAAAGCAAUCUUUGCCAAGCUCCAGUGCACUAGACAAGCCCUAUGAAGACUGCCCAUUUCUACUCCUUGAUGUAAGAGACAGAGAUUCCUAUGAUCAGUGCCACAUUGUUGGAGCCAGGAAUUAUCCUACUGCAAUGCUUGCCAGGACAAUGAACCCUUUCACAUCUGAAAUUCUGGAAUAUAGAAAUGCUCAUGGUAAAAUUAUUAUCCUCUAUGAUGAAGAUGAGAGAAUAGCCAGUCAGGCUGCCACCACUAUGUGUGAGCGAGGGUUUGAGAAUCUGUUCAUGUUAUCUGGAGGUUUAAAAGUCAUAUCACAAAAGUUCCCUCAAGGUCUUACAACUGGCUCUUUUCCAAGCACCUGUCUGGCUCCGCCUACCCAGACAAAGUCUGCUCUUAAACGAACACCAAGGGAUCCCAUUGUACCUGCUGAGAACAAGUGGAGAUUUUCAUCUCGGGAUCUGGAAAUUAUAGAAAACCAUGUAGAAAAUAUGCUCAUGUCAACAAGCACACCCAGCCGCCUCAGGUUGGAUUCAAGAAACAGCAAAGUCCCAUCGUCUGCCAGCUCAGCCCGGUCUCUAAGUAGCACCAGCUCACACUCGAAGCCUUGGAAAUAAGCAAGGGAAGCAUUUCCCUAAUUAAACCCAAAACUAUUUUUCUAACAGCAUUGUUUAUAUUCAUGCUCCAGCAGUAUUGAACACCUAGACAAUAAUUCAUUAGGACACAACAACAUUUGUGAGCAAGUAGGAUGUUUACAGAAUAUUUAUAAUCACUGUAUAGAGGAACAAGUUGAGAUGAAAUUGUUUUCUUGCAGUGUCUAGAAAGCCUUCUUGUAAUUAAUGGUCAAUGUUUACUGUUAGUAUUUUAAAACAGACUUGAUGGUUAAUAAUGAACUUCUGAGAUUGUGCGUAGUACAGGGAUACAAUGAUCAAUAAUAGUUGCUACUUUUCAUAAAUACAUCUGUAAAUACCAUGAUUCUUAUUUCAUUUAGGUAAUACUAAUUUAUACUUAAGUGUGGUCUAACUUGUUUCAGAGUAACAUUUCAACCCCAGCAGAAAUUUACCAGCAUCAUCUCAUGCAGCAAUUUAAGAAACUAUUUUGAUAUUUUAAAAUACAGCACAGCAGCAGUGGCUGUGAAUCUAUGUGGUUUGCUACUUCUGUUUUAAACAUUAUCUUUGUGUUUUCCAACACUGUACAUAUUUAUUGAAAAUAACAGUGCUGCCUUUUCAGUUUCUUUUCUCUAUCACUGCAUCCAAAUGUCAUUGCCAUGGUUCUCUACAUAACUAUAGAAUGUAAAACUUUAUCCUGUAAAAUUGAUUUAUUCGUAGGUGCUGGAUGAACAGAUAAACAUUAAUGUGAAUUAAAAUAUUUUCACCUUAUGGCAUUAUUGGUCUUUUAAGAGACUGUAAAAUGAUUGAGUAAAGUAACAUAAGUUUAA